AUGCUCUCGGUCGAGAAGAACGUCUACAUGGCCCGGCUGGCCGAGCAGGCGGAGCGGUACGAGGAGAUGUGCGCCCACAUGAAGGAGGUCGCGCUCGAGAUGGAGCCGCUCGGGAUCGACGAGCGCAACCUGCUCGCGGUCGCGUUCAAGAACGUGACGGGCGCGCGGCGGUCGGCGCUGCGCACGAUCGUGGGCAUCGAGCAGCGCGAGCGCGAGCUGCUGCACGCCGGCGACCGCGGCGCGGCGCGGCGGCUGCGGCACGCCGAGGCGUACCGCCGGCGGGUCGAGGCGGAGCUCGAUGAGGUGAGCGGCGUCGUGCUCGGGCUGAUCGACUCGCGGCUCGUGCCCUCGAACCCGGGGCUGCGCACGCAGCAGGAGCAGGAGGACGCGGAGGCGCAGGUCUUCUACCAGAAGAUGCGCGCCGACUACCACCGCUACAAGGCCGAGGCGGGCUCGGCUGAGGAGCAUGCGGCGCUGGCCGAGGCGAGCUACCGCGCGGCGUCCAAGGUGGCGCAGACCGGGCUGGCGCCGACCCACCCGGUCCGCCUCGGGCUCGCGCUCAACUACGCCGUCUUCCUGUACGAGGUGCCGCAGCACUCAACCGAGGCAUGCGAGCGCGCAAAGCAGGCCAUCGACGACGCGAUCGCCGAGCUCGACUGUGCGGCGAGCCUCGACGCGGCGUCGUACCGCGACUCGACGCUCAUCAUGCAGCGGCUGCGGGACAACCUCGUCCUGUGGGGCCGCGAGGGCGGCGCCGGCGCGCGCGCGGAGGGUGCCACUUUGCACUUAGCGCGGGGUCCGCUCACGUAA